AUGAUUGUGAACGAAAUCGAUGCGUGGAUUGAGGAGAACAAGAAGGAUUUCGUGGCGCCAGUUUGCAACAAGUGCAUGUUCGCGAAUCAAUUGAAAGUUUUCUUUGUCGGUGGGCCGAAUCAACGUUUAGACUAUCAUUUAGAAGAGGGUGAAGAGGUUUUCUAUCAACGUAAAGGCGGAAUGACAUUGAAAGUGGUGGAGCAUGGGAAAAGGAAAGAUCUUGUAAUAAAUGAAGGUGAAAUCUUCCUACUACCUUCUAGAGUCGAACAUUCACCACAAAGAUUUGAAGGAACGAUUGGAUUUGUGGUUGAGAGAACGAGAAGAAACACUGAAUUUGAAGCUAUCAGAUAUUUUGUUGACGAAACGACAGAAAGACUUUUCGAACGAUGGAUUCAUUUAACGGAUGUUGUUAAAGAUUUACCGCCAGUGAUUAAAGAAUUUAAGGAGUCCGACGAGUGUCAGACAGGUCAACCCGGAGCGAAUUCUUUCAGAAUCAAUGCACCAUUUGAGCCACGAUCCACUGAUUUAGGAUCACCGAUUAAACUUGAACAAUUCUUGAAAGAAAAUGAGGAGAAGUUGAGAAAAGAACCCGUUCAACUUUAUGGAAAGCCAAAAUUCAAAACGGAAGUGAUCAUUUUUGGUGCAAAUGGGGUACACGAAUGGAUGACAAAGGAAAAAGAUGAAGUGUUGCUGUGGCUAAAGGAUGGGUUUAUGCGAUUAAAAUGGAAAGAUGAAUGGAAAGAAAUCGAUGGAAAUGCGAUGAUUCGCGUGGAUCCUGGGGAAACGAUUUCCUUUCAAAUCGUCACCGGCCAUCUCAUUCUAAUCUCAAUGCCAACAUAUUCA